AUGUAUUUCAAUUCCAACUUGUCUCUUCUCAUUCUUCUCCCCCUCGUUCCAGCAGAUGGGAUUUGUCCGGGUUAUAACUAUGCCUUCUUCAACGGUGGAAACAAGUGGUUCUACACAGCGGAUGAUUCUUGCACAAUAGUCGCGACAGGAUAUUGCGAUAACAUCUGCGAUUGUUAUGAGUGGGGCUGUGGUCCUGCCGGAUCAGUCGACAAGCUCAGGGUCAAUGGCCUCUGGUAUUACUGCCGCGCCGAUAUCGCCCCGGGUACCUGUGGUUGGACAGGUAACCAAAUCGCCAAUCGCUCACCCGAGAGUUGUUGUCGUAAUGACGGCAGGUUAAACCUCGAGGAAGGCCUGAUUUCCAAACGCCAUGCCGACGCCAUUAUGGCGACCAACGCGCUUCUCGAAGGCCACGAAGAGGAAUAUGAAAAUGCCGAGAGACACGGCCAUGAUUUGGCGAGGUUGCGACGCCGACAAUUGAGCGAAGUAGAAAAGUAUACGAAGCGAGAGGAAGAGGCUGCCAAGCUGGGUGAUGAUUAG